CCCACUGCACUGGCCCUGGAGCCCCCUUCCCUCCCCUGGGCCUCAGGAACCCCCCCUGCACCCGUCUGCCCUGCAGGAUGCCGCAGCUGGGCCUGUCCUGGCUGGGCCUGGGGCCGGUGGCCGCCUCCCCGUGGCUGCUGCUGCUGCUGGUCGGGGCCUCCUGGCUCCUGGCCCGCGUCCUGGCCUGGACCUACGCCUUCUAUGGCACCUGCAGCCGCCUCCGCUGUUUCCCGCAGCCCCCGACGCGGAGCUGGUUCUGGGGUCACCUGGGCCUGGUCCCCCCCACAGAGGAAGGUUUGAGGGAAGUGACUCAGCUGGUGGCCACUCACCCCCGGCUCUUUAAGCGGUGGCUGGGCCCCGUCUUUCCCCUCAUCACUUUGUGCCACCCUGACUUCGUCCGGUCCGUCCUCAGUGCCUCAGCUGCUGUUGCACCGAAGGACGUGAUCUUCUACAGUUUCCUGAAGCCCUGGCUGGGGGAUGGGAUCCUGCUGAGCACCGGUGACAAGUGGAGCCGCCACCAUCACAUGCUGACACCCGCCUUCCAUUUCAACAUCCUGAAGCCCUAUGUGAAGAUUUUCAACAAGAGUGUGAACAUCAUGCAUGCCAAGUGGCAGCACCUGGCCUCCGAGGGCAGUGCCCAUCUGGACAUGUUUGAGCACAUCAGCCUCAUGACCUUGGACAGUCUGCAGAAAUGUGUCUUCAGCUUCGACAGCCAUUGUCAGGAGAAUCCCAGUGAAUAUAUCGCAGCCAUCUCGGAGCUCAGUGCUCUCAUAGUGAAAAGAAAUCGGCAACUCUUCCUGCACGUGGACUUCCUGUACUACCUCACUCCCGAUGGGUGGCGCUUCCGCAGGGCCUGUGACCUGGUGCAUGACUUCACAGACGCCAUCAUCCAGGAGCGGCGCCGCACCCUUGAGAGCCAGGGUGUUGAUGACUUCCUCAAAGCCAAGGCCAAGUCCAAGACUUUGGACUUCAUUAAUGUGCUCCUACUGGCCAAGGAUGAAGAUGGGAAGGAGUUGUCAGAUGAGGACAUACGAGCAGAGGCUGAUACCUUCAUGUUUGGGGGCCAUGACACCACGGCCAGUGGUCUCUCCUGGGUCCUGUACAACCUUGCGAGGCACCCGGAACACCAGGAGCGCUGCCGGCAGGAGGUGCGGGAGCUGCUGAGGGACUGUGAGCCUAUGGAGAUUGAAUGCUCUUGUGGGGUGCUCCUUAGGGAGGACCUGGCCCAGCUGCCCUUCUUGACCAUGUGCGUCAAAGAGAGUCUGCGGCUGCACCCCCCAGUCACUGCCAUCUCCCGCCGCUGCACCAAGGACAUUGUGCUCCCAGAUGGCCGGGUCAUCCCCAAAGGGAACGUCUGUACCAUCAGCAUCUUUGGGAUUCAUCACAACCCGUCAGUCUGGUCGGACCCUGAGGUCUAUGACCCCUUCCGCUUCGACCCAGAAAACCCCCAGAACAGCUCACCUCUGGCGUUUAUUCCCUUCUCGGCAGGGCCCAGGAACUGCAUUGGGCAGACCUUCGCCAUGACCGAGAUGAAGGUGGUCCUGGCGCUCACGCUGCUGCGCUUCCGCGUCCUGCCCCACGACACGGAGCCGCGCAGGAAGCCGGAGCUGAUCCUCCGAGCUGAGGGCGGCCUCUGGCUGCGGGUGGAGCCGCUCAGCGGAGACCUGCAGUGACCCACCGUGGCCAGGUCUGGGAGCCUGCCGAGCCCACCCACCUGCCUUUGCAGAUUCCCAGGAAUGCACCUGCUGUCACUUGUGCCUGAGCCUCACCCAGAGCCAGCAGGGGGCGCGCGGGGACUGCAGGCACCUGCAGGUGGGACUGGCUGGUGGAGGCGGGGUGGCGUCCCUGAGCCCAGGAGCCUGAGUCACUCUCUGGCUGAACACAGGGCUCCCACACUGAUGGUGGGUUCUCCCAGAGUCCAAGGGUAGACUUUUUUCUGUGGGCCAGAGGGAGACAUGGGAGGUGUUUGAGCAGGAGAAAGACCAGGAUUAAAGAGGGAUAUAAGAGGCAGGUUUGAGGCUCUUGAGUCGCAGAAGCAAACCCACAGAGGCAUUACACUUCUACUACCCUGACCUUGUGUCUGAUCUAAAACACCCAGUCUUUUCUCUCCUAAGUUUUCUUCACUGUGUUUCUAUGGUUACUAAAGUACUAUGUUUAUUAAACAUAA